CUGCAAGGAUGGCCGGCGGACAGUGAAAGUGUACCGCCGUAACUCUUAUGUCACUGCCCACAUUUUCGUCUCAGCACAGCCAGUCAGCAAGACGAUGCCGUCGCGCGCGCACCACUAACCCGCGUCCGAAUAUCAUGUGCAUAUAGCCUCACUAUGUCUCGUUUAGUGAUUAUACUAGUUCUGAGUGCCGCCUGCGUUUUCUGUAACGAAGCAAACGACAAAGGAAGUGCCCGCGAAGAGAAGCUACGAAGCGCUUUAAUAGAUGCCUUCCAGAAUAUAAAGAAAGCGUCCGACGGCCUGGAGGACGAUCUCAUCGGCUCCGUCAACCCCAAUUCGAGCCGAAACGAAAAAGUCAAAGAGGACUCGUUCGAUCUAUUCGCCGAUGAGGACGGAUUGAGUUUCAGCGAAGGAUUCGAGAAGGAAAGUCGAACCACUUCGAGCACGGAGAAGUCGCACAACGUGCAGCAUAUAAAAACAAUUAAAGCGGAGAAAACGACGUUGAUACCGAAAGAUAAAAGUGAGCCGAUUAGACCAAACAAUGAGACCAGAAUACCAAUGAAGUUGGAGAUUUCGAAUGACACGGAUCUCAUUGGAUUGGAGAGUUUACUGAGGAUCAUAGAUGGGGAGAUACUUGUGGCCCAGUGGAGCUCCCUGCGGAACACCGUGGAGGGACAGUGCAGGGACGAUCUGCAGGAGUACGUCGACGGGUUGAAGGAUAGGACCCUUUGGGCGUUGAAAAUGGAGGACGCGAGCGGACGGUACACCUCCAUGUUCUACUGGGGGAACAACUACUGGACCGGCUCCGCAGAGCUCUGCCAGAUCCUCAACGAACAGCACACCCCACGGUCUAUCAGCAACCGCAGCAGCGGUUCGCAGAUAUUCAACGACUGGCGCCAGGACGUAUCGAUGUCUGGUCUAGGGCCGCCCUUUGACACCGCCUUCUACAAUGUGCGGAUGGCCGUUACUACCGACCUGCACGACAUUAUUAAAACUCGUCGCACAAUCCACCUGGGCCUGUGCCUCCCGCGCGCCUGCACCCGCGAGCAAAUUGCAGACCUGGUGAACGGAGUACACGCGCCCCUCCUGCACCACAACGUGGUGACCGUCCGCUCGCCAGAACACGGGGGCUACUCUUAUAUCAACGACCCCACAUUCCAGAUAUUGCUCGGCGUAUCCUGCGUAGUUAGCGUGCUACUGAUCACGGCAACAAUAUAUGACGUCAUGAUCGCGCGGGAAGUUCGCGCGCGCCGCCGCCGCGUCAACAACAUGGCCGCCGUCGAGAACGGCAACACGCUGACCGGACUUGACGCUAUUACCGUCGCUAAAGGUAAAUCUAUGUACAACGUGAACAACAACAUUGCGAUAAACAGCAACAACUCUGAGGAGCGGCUGACCGGGGAAACCGCGUCAACUGAUGAAGAGAUCAAACUCAGUGUGUGGUCGGAGCUGCUGCUUUCCUUCUCCAUGAAAGCCAACAUACUGCAGAUCUUCGACCAGUCGGUCGGCUCCGACACGGUGCCCGUUGUGCACGGUCUCAGAUGCUUGUCUAUGGUCUGGGUCAUCUUUGGCCAUACGUGCAUUGUCGUAUUUAAGUAUGCUGACAACACGGCCCUGAGAGCUAUCCUGGAGAAGAGCUUCUGGUUCCAGCUCAUCAUCAGCGCGGUGUACAGCGUCGACACUUUCUUCUGUCUCGGCGGCAUGCUGGUCACGUUCCUGUACUUCCGCACGAACGCGAAGGGCAAGCUGGACCGGCUCACGAAGGGCCGGCGGAAGAUCACCGCGGGGCUGCUGCAGUUCUUCGGUCUGCUCGGAUAUCGGUUCGCCAGGUUGACGGCGCCGUACCUAUUCAUGCUGGGCGUGGUGGAGGUGACGAUGAAGUGGUUCGCGCACAACGCCGUGUUCGAGCCGCCCGCGCUGGACCACGAGACGUGCCCGCGCUACUGGUGGCGCAACCUGCUCUACAUCAACACGCUCUUCCCGGUCGACCAGAUGUGCAUGUUGUGGAGUUGGUACCUUUCAGACGACACCCAGUUCUACGCAGUUAGUGCAAUCUUACUUAUCCUAGCUACCAGCCACUUCAAGCUGUCAGUGAUCCUGACUGGGGUUUUCUUCGUAUCGUCCCUGUUCACGACGGGCUACGUGUCGUGGAGCAGCGAGCAUAUUCCCAACAGCGAGGAUCCGUUCACGCAGUUUGAUAAAAUCUACGACAAGCCCUGGACCCGGCUGGGACCUUACCUUGUCGGCAUGGCAACCGGCUGGAUCCUGUUCAAGACAAACUUGAAAAUUAGGAUGGGCAGAGUGUGGGCCGGCGCGGGCUGGGCGGCGUGCGCGGGCACGCUGCUGCUGCUGGUCUUCGGGCUGUACCGCGCGGAGCUGGGCGCGGCCAGCGCGGCGGCGCACAGCGCGCUCUCGCACUCGCUGUGGGCCGCCUGCGUGGCCUGGGUCAUCGUCGCCUGCUCCACGGGCUACGGAGGCUGGGUGCGAACCCUGCUGUCGGCGCCCGUGCUGUACCCGUUCUCCCGGGUGACGUACUGCGCCUACCUCGUGCACCCCGUCGUGCUGCGCUACGUCGCCAUGCACCUCACGCACCCCAUACACUUGGGCGAGAUGCUUGUGUUCGUACUUUUCCUGGGACUGACUGUGAUAUCCUACUUCCUCGCCUUCAUCAUAUCAGUAGCCUUCGAAGCGCCCAUCGUCACCAUGCUGAAAAUUGUAUCACCGCAGAAGAAACCCCACAGAGUGUAGACUACAUUACUCCACAAUACAUUGCUUUACAUGUUACAUGAAAAUCAUCAGUUCCAAUGAAUAUUGUAACCAACACAUGAAACAAUGUAUUAGUUUAACCCAAAAGUCGUAGUUUUAAUGUUUGAUCGUGGACUUAAAUGUCGUGUGAGGAGAAUACUGAAUAAGUUAUGUUAAGAGAGGAAUUGACUCGUGUAUGUGAAAGACGUUGUGACUCGUGUGACGUUGUUUUCUAUUUAUGUAUUUCUUUUAAAACUUUUAUAAAACGAUGUUUGGUGUUAGCCCAAGGCCACGCUUGUUGCUUUCCAAUGCACUAAUAGGGAAUAAAUCUCAUGAAACACAUCAAUUAAAUUCAAAAUAGUGCAAAAAGUCAUUUUAAGCCGACUUUGUACCUCUACACAUAAAAGAAAGUGUAAUGUGUAAUUAUAAUAUUUGGACUGACUUUUCUUAAAGACAGAAGUCCUGAGAUUAGCGCUUUUUUAAUAACAUGCCCAAUUGGCCUCGUGUUUCUGCCGCAGCGUGCGAAAUUAUAAAAUACUCGAUAGAACCGUGUUAAAUUAAAUUAUAAAAAUAUUAUUUAGAUUGUAAAUAUAUGUACAAAUAUUAUAAUUGUACUAAAUCGUGACGUUGUAUUUUCUUUUUAUUUACCUAUUUUAAAAACAUGUACUUAAUUUUAACAAAUAAAACAAAUAGACAAAUAGUUUAUAGUACUACAGAAACAUUCCGAAUGAAACAUUCCUAAACGUAUAAGUGUGUUAAUUAUUUGGUAAAAAAUUUCAAUAUAGGUAUAUGUUAAAAUGACGUGAGAUUUUUUCGAAAUUAUAAAAAUCCUUUCUUUGAAAGAAGGAAUAUGUUUUGCUCAAAUUACUAUUUUAUAAUUAUUAUGUAGAUAUAU